CGCCGGUAUUCCAGUCUAUCUUUCUCAGAUUAUAAGAGAGAAGGAAACCAGAGAAGCUGAAGCUGAAGAAAAAGGAUAGCUUGUUGACUGUUGCUGUCUCGCUUUUAUUCUCUCCUAUUUCUCCCUCUUGACAAUUGUCGUCUCAUCCACUUAACGACCCCCACGACAUUUUUUCUUCAUCGACGUCACCCCGCCUUCUCUCUCUCUCGCAAAGCUUCAAAACUUCGCUCAACGGUCGUGUCCAACAAAGCCUUUUUCAAGUAUAAAAAGAGCUGUGCCAGAUCUUAAUUCUCAUUAUAACUUCGACACUAUUAUCUUCGAUAUUUCACGAGUAACUUAGGAAGAACAAACUCCAAUCAUGUCUGUUCGUGCGCAAUUCGAGAACUCCAACGAAGUUGGUGUCUUCUCUAAACUUACAAACUCAUACGCUCUUGUUGCCGUUGGCGCGUCGGAGAACUUUUACAGUGUAUUCGAGGCAGAACUCCAGGAUGUCAUCCCGAUAUGCCACGCUACUAUCGCCGGAACUCGCAUUGUUGGUCGUUUGACCGCUGGUAACCGUAAGGGCCUUCUUGUCCCUACAACUACAACAGACCAAGAAUUGCAGCACCUGCGGAAUCACCUGCCCGACUCGGUUAAGAUUCAACGGAUAGAAGAGCGUCUUUCUGCCCUGGGGAAUGUCAUCUGCUGCAAUGAUCACGUCGCAUUGGUGCAUCCGGAUCUGGAGCGGGAAACUGAGGAGAUCAUCGCCGAUGUCCUCGGUGUCGAAGUUUUCCGUCAAACCGUUGCCGACAACGUCCUGACAGGUUCCUACAUGGCCCUCUCCAACCAAGGUGGUAUCGUUCACCCCAAGACCUCCAUCCGCGAUCAGGACGAGCUCUCGUCUCUGCUCCAGGUUCCCCUCGUCGCUGGUAGUGUCAACCGCGGUAGCCCCGUCGUCGGAGCCGGUAUGGUGGUCAACGACUGGUUGGCCGUGACAGGAUUAGACACCACAGCCACCGAGUUGAGUGUUGUUGAGAGUGUGUUUAGACUGGGUGAGAUGGGUCCCCGUGGGCUGGGCAUGGGCAAUGCCAAUAAGGAUAGCAUUGUGGAGAGUUUCUAUUAGGUUGUGUUUGGGGUUUUUUUGGGUGGAAUUGAUUUACAAGGCUUUUUUACGUCUCAUGAUGGGA